CUUCCUUUGCUUACCGCUGGAGUCCCGCGCGCUGGCCGGGCGUCCGCCAGCGCUGAGCAUGGAACUUGGCUGGAGCGGCGCUGUCCUCAGCCUCCCUCUCCCCAGGCCCCGGAGCUGAGGCCCGAAGCCGGAGCGCGGAGCGGCGCGACUCCCCGAUCCCGGCCAUGGAGGCCUUGGAGGCUGAGCCCGCUCGGGCCGAGGACGCAGAGCCGGCGGCGCCCUGGGCUCGGCUGGAGGCCCCCGGCCGCCUCCUGCUGCAGGCGCUGCAGGCCGGGCCCGACGGGGCGCGGCGUGGUCUGGGGGUGCUGCGGACACUGAGCGGCCGCGGCGGGGAGCCCUUUGCCUGGGGCGGCGUCCUCGAGGCGCUGUGCCGGGAGGAGCCCGUCGUGGAGGGCCCGGACUGUCGCCUGGAGCUGAAACCACUGCUGCUGCGAUUGCCCCCGUUAUGCCGGAGAAACCUGAUGUCCCUGCUCAUGGCUGUUUGGCCAUCGCUGCCCGAAAGCAGGCUCCUCCCUGUGCUGCAGCUUGCAAGGCAGGAUUCAAGCCCUGACCCUGAUCCCUGGCUCCGGGCCCUUGGAGAAUUUCUGCGAAGGGAUCUGAGUGCUGGCGUCUCCACUGAUGGUGCGUCCCUACUGUCCAAAAGGUGCCAGAGACAGCUCCAAGGCAUGUGUAGGCGGCUGGGCCAAGGGGGCAGGAAGUUGAAGUUGCCCCCGGUUCCAGAUGCUGAAGGGGAAGGAGGGCAGGAGGAGGACAAGGACUCCCAGCAUCCUGGGAAACGCAGGAAGGAGCCAGAGGAAGAGCCUGUCAGUCCUGAGGGGGAGAGGGCCUCCAAAAGGCUCCGGUGUUUGGAAAAGGAAGAAGAGGAAGAAGAAGAUCAUGAGGAGAAGAGACCUGAACAUGAAUCUUCAGAAUCCCUGGCUGAUGGAGGAGAUGCAUCAUCCAUUACAAACCAGCCUAUCAUGGGACCUGAGCCCAGUGAGGCUGGUCAGAGUCUAAAGGAAGCUAAGGGCCUACCUGAGGGUUUGGAGUUGCCCAAAGUUAUCCAGGACCAGGUUCCCAGGCUGCAGCAGCUGCUCAAGACCCUCGGGAAGGGGUUGGAAGGACUGGAGGGCACCCCACCAGUUGAGCUGCAGCUUCUCCAAGAGUGCAGUCCUGGCCAGGUGGACCUACUGUGUGCCCAGCUGCAGCUCCCGCAGCUCCUGGACACAGGUCUCCUCCAGCUCUGCACCUGGCUGCUGGCCCUGUCACCAGACCUCAGCCUGGGCAAUGCCACUGUGCUGACCAGGAGCCUCUUCCUUGGACGGAUUCUCUCCCUGACUUCCUCAGCCUCCCGCCUGCUCACGACUGCCCUGACCUCCUUCUGCACCAAGUAUCCCUACGCUGUCUGCAGAGCCCUCCUUGGCCCUGUGCUCCAAGCCCCAGGAAUAGGUCCAGCUCAAACAGAGUUACUGUGUUGCCUUACAAAGGACAAGGCCCUGGCGCCAGAUGUGCAGGUUCUAAUGCUGGGAUGGAUCUCGGAGCUGCCCUGGAAGGAGGAGACUUUCUUGGUGCUGCAGUCACUCCUGGAGCGGCAGGUGGAGAUGCCCCCUGAGAAGUUCAGUGUGUUGAUGGAGAAACUCUGUAAAGAGGGGCCAGCGGCCACCACAUCCAUGGCCUAUGCCAAGCUCCUGCUGACAGUGAUGACCAAGUAUCAGGCCAACAUCACCGAGCCCCAGAAGCUGGGCCUGGCCGCAGCUGUGGAGCUCAACACCACUUUCCUGAGAAAGUCCCUGCAGGCUGCCCUGCGACAUCUGACCCCUUGACUGUCCACCAAAGGACCACCUUCCCGAAGCUCCCUCACCAGCUUCCUGAAGGACACUUCUGCCCUCAGCUCCUCACCCUGCCCCCUGCCUGGGGGUCCAGGCUGAACCUGGCCAUCCCAGGGAUCAACUGCCUCCCUGCUCCAGGCUGCAGAGGGGCUGGCAGGAAGGGUCUAAGGGGCUAGAUGAUCUGCAUUACCAAGGGCUCCUGACCCUGGGCUCCCUCCUUGUCACUUAUGGGGACAGACACUGUAAGAUAGGCCUCAGCAGGAUCAUAGCAGACCCUGAGUGGACAAUUCCAGGAGCCCCGGGGACAUGUGCUCAGCCCAGAUCUCUUGUGCUCAAGUGUAUAUGUGAUGAUCCUCUGUAUUCUUGUUUCUGACUUGAAUAUCAAUGGUAAUUCAUUAAA